CAAGACAACCAAGGAACUAAACUUGACUUGGUCCACGAAGAAUCCUCUUAACCUCUAUGAAAAUCUCAAGCUACCCCAGUUUAAAAUAACCCACAUGAAUACAUCAGUGUGCAAUGAGAUAUUCCAUAUUGGCGAAUACAGCUGCUUGAAAGCCGAGUUUUAUCUGCAAAGGUCUAUUGGAUAUCAUUUAGUACAGUCGUACCUACCCACAAUCCUGAUUGUUGUCAUUUCCUGGGUAUCAUUUUGGCUCAACGUAGAGGCCAUACCUGCCCGAAUCACUCUAGGGGUAACAACUUUGUUAACCAUCUCCUCCAAGGGUUCUGGGAUCCAGAAUAACUUGCCACCUGUCUCCUACGUCAAGGCUAUGGACGUCUGGAUGGGUGCGUGCACUACGUUUGUUUUUGCCGCUCUUCUGGAAUUCAUCAUUGUGAACUAUCUGUGGAGAAAACGAACAGAUAUCCUUCCUGUUAUCGCCACAGACAGAAGCCAGGUUUCACCCAAACUGAUUUCCAGUUCACAGGUUUUUAACGGAGGCAUGAAGAGUGGCAUCAAAGAAGAAGAUUCCAACAGAACAACAGAAAGUAUCCUUGAACCUCGAACAACUCCUGCUACCAAGAUACGAGCCCAACAAAUCGAUAGAUUAUGUAGAAUUGCUUUCCCGUGUGCAUUCGUAGCCUUCUGUGUCAUCUACUGGCCCUACUAUUUAAUGUAACUGCAGCUGAAUUCAAAAAUAGUAUUUGUUCUCUCUACGUCAUACAGUUAAGACACGGAUACAUUAGUAAAUGAUACCUUGACAAUUCCUAAAUGAAUGUUCAUGUAUCACAAAACAAGGAUGGUAUUAUACGUUUAAUGUCAACAAGUAAUACUUAUACGUUUAAUAAAACAAACGAUACUUAUAUGAACGUUUUGCUCUAAUUAAAGUUAACUUUACUUACGUUCAAAAGAAAUGACAUCUGCAGUAUUAGAAAUAAUCAUGGAAAUUGUAAAUAAAAUAGGUAUAAAAUGCAAAUAGGUAUAAUGAAAUUGCUCCCAUUUUAUUCCAUGAAAAUUGAUUACAUCAAAAUACAAUCACAUGAUGAUAGUUAACAGUGUGAUUGGCCGUCACCCAUCCAAUCAAAUCCGGCAGUUCCACCCAAGCAUAAUGUUUAUAAAAGUACAGGCAAGCGUACUAUUUUCAGCAGUACUGUGGUUAAUACGUUCCAGGCUUCCAAAACAGAUACGCACAUGUAAAAUGAAUAGACAUCAAGAUGAAGAUGAAGACAAAAUAUUAUGCUUAAUUAGGAGCUAUCUGGAAAUUAUGAAGAAGGUACGUGCAGCUAGUAACGUUGGUAAUGGAAAUAGUUGAGGUAGGGAGCCCAAACUCUUCAAAAGUUAUGUUAAGCAACAGUUAUGUUAUUUCCAGAGUAUGUCCUUUCCGACAAUCAAGCAGAAAGCUUGCAAUUGUCUUAGCAAUAAGUACAGGUGUUAACGUUAUCUCCAAAACAGUAGGGUAUAUAUUAGUACGAAAUGGUCACAGUGGAUAUGCAGCUGUUUAAAAAACAUUGUUACUCAAACCAAAAAGACUGAAAUCAGUUUCAGAUUUCAAAAUAUG